AUGGCGGCUACAUCUGCCGAGUGCGUGAGCCUACUUGUUAGCAUGGCCUGUGCUCCUGCACCCCCGAUUCACUCAUUUCUUGCCAAUGUGCCAAUGCGCUACUCCUCCGCCCGUUGUGACAGUGCCGCAGCCCUGCUGCAGCAGAUUGAGGCUCAAGGUGCCAAAGUUCGCGAGCUCAAGGGCGCCAACGCUGACAAGAAGGAGGUUGAGGCCGCUGUGCAAACCCUCGUGGGCCUCAAGACCGCCUACAAAGAGCUGACUGGCGAGGAUUUGCCUGGUGCCAAGCCUUCCAAGGGCAAGAAGAAGGGCAAAGCAGACAAGAAGGCCGAGCCCAAGGCUGCUGGUGCCGAGAGCAAGCCCAGCAAGUCUGAGAAGAAGGCAGAGGCCAAACCCGCCAAGGCUGCUGCCAACAAGAGCAAGGAUGAGUCGUCCGGCGAGC